GAAGCACAACCUAAUCAGCACCAUCAUGCCCGGAGCCUUCCAAGGCCUGUCCGAGCUUCGGAAGCUCGACCUGUCCAACAACCGCAUCGGCUGCCUGACUGCAGACAUGUUCCUGGGACUGACCAACCUCAGUAAACUGAACCUCUCUGGCAACAUCAUCUCAACCCUGGAUCAAGGGGUUUUUGAGGAGCUGCCUUCCCUCAAGCUAGUAAACUUCGAGUCAGACUACUUGGCCUGUGACUGUGGGCUGCGCUGGAUGCCGAGUUUCUUUCGCAGGCGCUCAGUGCGUGUGGGAGACGAAACCCUGUGUGCCUUCCCCAGGACCCUGAGGGGAAAGCCCCUGCAAAGACUGAGAGAAAGUCAGCUAAGCUGUGAUGGUCCACUGGAGCUGCACACCUUGUCGCUGCUGCCGUCCCAGCGUCAGGUCGUCUUCAGAGGCGACCGGCUGCCCUUCCACUGCACGGCUGCUUUGGUGGACAAGUUCACCAGCUUACACUGGCGUCACAAUGGUCAGGUGGUGACGUCUGACCCCGAGAGAGGUGUCCAGCUGGAGGACAGUGUGGUGCAUGAUUGCACCUUCAUCACCAGUGAGCUUAUACUAUUCAACGUUCACGUGGAGGCAAGCGGACAGUGGGAGUGUGUGGUUACUACCGGGCGGGGAAACACCUCUCGCACUGUUGAAAUUUUAGCGCUGGAGAACAGCGCCGCCUUCUGCCCAGAAGACAAAGUUAUUAACAACCGUGGGGAGUUCAGAUGGCCAAGAACUCUGGCUGGCAUUACCUCCCAUCAGUACUGUCUUCAGCAUCCCUACCCCUCCUUUUCUGUGGAGGUGGUAGCGGAGCAGAAAAAGGCCUCCCGAUACUGUGACCACUCCGGAAAGUGGCUCGACGGCGACUACUCCAGCUGUCAGUACACCAACGGCAUCACGCGUGUCCUUCAUACCUUCAUCUUGACACCCAUCAAUGCAUCCAAUGCGGUGACUGUAGCCCAUCAAGUGCGGACGUACACGCUGGAGGUGGCUGGUUUCACUGACUCGAUGGAUGUGCUGUACAUCGCAAAGAUUAUGGAGAAGCUUAUGGAAUAUAUCAGACAGCUGCAACAGUUGUCAGAGGUGAUCGUUGAUAUAGGCAGCAACAUGAUGCAGGUGGAUGACCAGAUCCUUGCGCUUGCUCAGAGAGAGAAAAGCGCAUGCAGCUCCAUCGUCUACUCUCUGGAGACCUUAGCUUGGCCUCAGCUACACGGUCGAUCUCAAGACUUCUCUAUGGUGUCUAAGAACAUAGUGAUUGAAGCCCACCUGAUCCGACCAGCCCACUACACUGGUAUAACCUGCACUGCAUAUUACCGCCGCGACGUGCCAGCGGGACGUCCAGGAGUGGAGGUAUCAGAGCCUGCUCCUCGACAACUUCUUCAUUUCCGCUGCAGCACAGGCUCCCAUAACACAUCCCUCAACAACUUUCCCCUGAAGAAUUCUGUAGCCCUGGCGUCUGUGACUCUUCCAGCCACUUUGUUUCCCCCGGAUGCUGCUGUGGACUGUAAGCUGCAGUUUGUGGCUUUCAGAACUGGAAGCUUUUUUCCUCUGCUGCCAAACUCAAGCAAUGCUGCUGAACAAUCCCGCAGACGAAGUGUCAACACUCCCGUCAUCUUUGUAGGCCUCGACGGCUGCACCAUGUGGAACUACUCUGAUCCCAUCUGGGUGUCUCUGCGCCACUUGACCCCGGGCACCGAUGCAGUGGCGGCCCAGUGGAGCCACACAGCACCAGGGAAGCAGGGAGGCUGGAGUCAGCAGGGCUGCCAGCUCGUUCGCAGCGACAGCAGCACUUCCACUAUGCGCUGCUCUGUGCUCGGCAACUAUGCCGUGCUGCAGGAAGUGCCAACCUUCCCCAACUCCAGCUCAGUCUCUGUGACGGUGCUCCACCCUGUGGUCUACGCGUGCACUGCAGUGCUGCUUCUCUGCCUCUUCACCAUCAUCAUCACGCACAUCCUACACCACAGCUCAAUACAGAUAUCAAGAAAAAGUUGGCACACCUUGCUGAAUACCUGUUUCCACAUCGCCAUGACAUCAGCUAUCUAUGCAGGAGGCAUAAGCCUAACUAGUUAUCCUCUAGUCUGUCAGGCAGUGGGCAUUGCCCUUCACUACUCUUCACUGUCCACGCUGCUGUGGAUCGGGGUCAGCGCCAGGGUCAUUUACAAAGAGGCAGUGUGGAGAACACCCCGACAGAUGGAGGGAGAGCCUUCCCCUCCACCUACUCAGCGACCUAUGCUCAGGUUCUAUUUAAUAGCCGACGGAGUUCCUCUGAUCAUUUGUGGAAUCACCGCGGCUGUCAAUGUCAACAACUAUGGAGACAAUAGCCCUUACUGCUGGCUGAUCUGGCGCUCAAGUCUCGGGUCUUUCUUUGUCCCUGCUGGUUUAGUGGUGUUGGUGACUUGGAUUUAUUUCCUGUGCACCGUGUUUCCCCUGAGGCACCGUGUGUCCAAAGAAUGCACAGCAACCACCCUGUCCUCUCCAGGGACCGAGGGCCUUCCUGCAUUGGCAGGAAGCACCAGCCUGCUCUCCACGGACUCAGCGGGGAGACCCAUAACCCCAGCCGUGCCUCCAGAGGAUCAGUACUCGCUGAAGACACAGUUCUCCGUGCUGGUAGCCACCCACUUCCUGUUUGUGGCCCUUUGGUGUUGUGGAGCCAUGGCAGUGUGGCUAACAGGACGCACGAGCUUGCUGUUCAGCUGUCUCUACGGGAUAGUUGCCACGGUUCUGGGGGUGUUUCUGGUGGUGCACUACUGCUUCCGAAGGCGCGACGUGCAGGCGUCGUGGCUGGGCCGCUGCCCGGGCUACCGUCGCUCCCACCCCAUGUCCACCUACACAAACAACACCUGCACCACCGGAACCGGAGUGCAGACAUGCGAGCAAGGGUCCCAGCUCUUCAUCAACUCCCAUCCACCCGCUGACUCUCACAACUCGUCCUCAGCCAGGUCCUCGUCCACGCCGAGCGGCGUCAGCAGCGUGGGACCUGGGCCGUGCAAGCUCACAAACUUGUUGCAGGUGGCGCAGGAUAAUCCAAGCAACACGGCGCGAGUCCCUACGGGCAACAACACCAGCACAAGCACAGACAACAUCACAAAGCCAACAAACAACAUUCUUCUCCCCUCCAUUAACUCUUCGGCCCCAGUGCAUCCCCAGAGAAGAAAAGUCAGUAGCAGAACUAAACAAGGGAGUAGUCAGCAUUACCAUCGAGGUGAGGGCAGAGGUCACUACCGCCUGAAAGCUCUGAGGUCUGCUGGAGGGGGCGGCAGUCUCGGAGCUUUGGGGCCGACGGGUUCGGAGCACUUCAAUUCGUCGCACGGUGUUUACAAGCAGGCCACCAGCGAGAACGGCAGCAUCCACCACAGUCUCUCAGAGAACCAGGCGAGCCUGCUGACGAACGGAAAGCGGGCGGGGGAGUCGGCAGCCACCAGCCCCUCCGAGGGGAGCGACGGGGGCAGCAGCGGAGGCCGCAAGACCUUCCCUCUGCCGCCCUCUGCUGCCAGCAGAGUGGCCAUGCACGGCACUCAGAGACGAUGCUCCAGCAGAGACAACUUGAAAGUGGCAGCGGCAUCUGCGGAGCGAGAGACAAAGCGCUGCUCCUAUCCUUUGAACUGUGCGCCCACCACCGUGCCGGGGGCCGCUGCUCCGAACGGCACCCUGAAAACCUCGGUGCUCGAGCUCGAGCAGGACAUGAGUGGCACAGACCAAUCACAGAGUUCUGUGGGAAUGAAGACUGGUUUGUGGAAAAGUGAAACCACAGUAUGAGUUUCGGUGGACGUCUACGCAUGACCUUAAUGAAAUGGUUAUGUUUUAAUGUUCCCAUAACAAUUAUAUAAUUUAAGAUAUUACACAUAAAGGCAUCCAGGACCCUAAACUGGUACUCUUGCCUCUGUCGCAUUGUAAGUUUGAUGUGAAAUAUUAAUGCAGUUUCUGUUAUUGUCAUGUUCAAGCAUACGCAUUUAUUUUAAUCACUUUACGAAAAAUGUGUUUUUUGUCAUAUGAUGUUGUAUUUGGAUGCCUAAUGAAAGCUUUAUUGUUUUAGUUGUAAAUUUCCUAUGCAAAUGAACUAUAGCAUAAAAAGGAGUGCAAGCCGUCUGUUUCCAAAUCACAUCUAUAUGCAUUUAAUCUGAGGGCAACUUUUGACACUUAUGUUAUUGCCUAUGCUCCUGUAUGCACUUGUAUGUUUGCAGUUGUGUGUGUGUGUGUGUGUGUGUGUGUGUGUGUGUGUGUGUGUGUGUGUGUGUGUGUGUGUGUGUGUGUGUGUGAGUGUUGCUUUACAAUCUCAGAGUGAAUUAAAAUUGUGGGAAAAUUGA